GACAGCCAUAGCAAUAAAAAAAAUACGACAAGAAAAUGCUUGCCAAGCUUGUUAUUUCCCUAGGGGUAGUUUGUCUCGCGGCCCUUCUAGCUGAGGCCGCCAUCUCUAAACCCAAGUCCUUCGGAAGUCAGUUUUUGACCCAGAGUCUGAGACGUGGGAGGGGCAGGGGGCGUAAACCUGUUACCCCAAAACAAUGUGAGGCUUCCGGCCACGCUGAGAUUGUAAAACCCGAGGACUUCAUCACCCCAGAAUGGAAUGAAGAACAAGAGAGAAGAGUUAUGGAAAGCGUCAGAACCAACGCAGAAGAAUGGAACAGGCUUCAGGCCUUUAAUCAAUACUACAACCCACUGGACUACAGUGAAUACGGGUACUUUAAGCACGAUAAGUACGAGUUUGGUUGUAAGGACGUGUGCAUCCAGAAGAGAGUGCCAGUUCUGGGAGCCUAUCUCACUAUUGAGGACCACAAUGGAAUGAACGGUACCUACCGCUGUUACGUGGCCCCCACCCAGAGACUCUGGUACACCACCUGUGGAGAAAAACUACCUGCCCUGACUGUGAAGAUGAGCCCCGCCUACCAGUGCCUCCCAGAGAUGAUCCAGGAGAGAGAGGUCAUCAUGUACUGCCCAGAUAUCGUCCCCCAGUGCCGGACCCGGACCUUCGCUCUCCCACAGACAUGUAGUCUACAGGAGGUCAAGUGUGUCAGCACCAUACCCAAACGUAACCCUUUCCUACGAGGCUAAACCGUUCAAAUGACCAUGUGAAAUAAUUUACCAAUUUUAAUUUACAGAACUAGUUAAAAUACGUUUUUUACCACGGAUUUUUUUCUUUCUAAUUUUUUGAUUUUUUAAAAAAAAUUACUGUAUUAAGAUAUUCUUUUUCUUGUAAUACUUAAAGAGAAAUUUUGUCCACCGGUAAUUCAAACUUAAUUUUUUUAAAAAUCUUUUGUGUUGUUUUGAACUGGAAUUUUUCAUUUGUUUCGGUUCUGUAUUGAAUGUUGCCAAUAUAUCUCAAUGAUCUACGAUCUGUAUAUCAGUAUAAAUAUAUGUUGAUAUUAUUGACUGUGAUAAUAGGGACUUCAAAUAACUGUUAUAUGUUUGUAAUUUAAUAUAUGUUUGUAAUUUAUUGAUGUUUAAAAUUUAUGUUGUUAUUGAGAUAGGAUUUUUUAACACAGUUCAUACAAUGUAAACAUGAAAGGGUGUUUUUAAAAUCCUACUUCAAAUAUGCAAAAAUCCAAAGUGCCAAAUUCUUCGCCUAUAUGUGUAUACAUAUUGCCCAUAUCUGUACAUCGCCCAUCAUCCAAUAUGUAACCUGUAUGUGAGUGCCCGACGUGAGAGAGUUAUUUCUAAUGUGCAAUAUUUUUAUGCAAUAAAUAUUUUGCUUAUAAAAA